AUGGCCGAUCUUCCCUUCUUCCGUGCGUGGGCCGAUGACGAGCGCAUGGAGGCGCUCUACAGCUCGAGCGUACUCAACGACCAUAUGCUCACCAAGCUCUGGCUCCCGCCCGGGCUGCGAUAUCACAUUGAUGGCGCGUUUGUCCAGGCGUGGCGGCCAUCGUUGCUUCUGUCGCGGGACGAGCUGCCGCGGCGCUUUGAGCGACAAGGCAUUGAACCAGUUCCCGUGGUCGUCGACCAUCUUCUGACCGCGCUAGUGCAAGCCCACGAGCUCGUGACGCCGUCAGCGCUCCUCGAGCGGUGUCAUGCACAGUCCAAACUCGGGUGGCUCGUCGACGUCGCCAUCAAGCGGCCAAUGCGCUGGGGCUGGACGUCGCUUUGGAGUGCGAUAGCUAAGGAGGACGACGAUUGUCCGUCGCACGACAGCCCGUACCUCUCGCUUCCGACGCUCGCAAGCCUCGCCAUGCAUGUGCACACCUAUGCGCUAUCAACGCACGAGCCAUUGGCACGCGUCUUUUGCUUUGGCAUUGACCACGCCACGUGCGCCAUUAAGGACCAUGCGUUUCACGCGCUUUGCCGGGCGGCAAGUCAACACGACGAGGCGUCUGCUCCGGCGCAAUUCCUGGCCGCCGUCGCCGCCGACGAGCUCGACUACAUCGCGUGGUACCUCGUUUACACCAAGCGCGCUGUCGUGCAGCCUGGGCUCAUCAAGCUCAUCGUUCCGGAGGCAACGGCCGAGGUGAGCGAUGGCGACCGCACGGUGUUGCUGCUACACCAUACCAUUGCUACUGUUGAGAGCUCUCUUGCCUCGCUUCAGACCCGCGUGGCCACCGUCACGCGAAAGGCUCUGGAGGCCAAGCGCCGCGGCAGCGCGUCCGAAGCACUCGCGCUCUGGCGCCACGCCAAGACGCUACAAGCCGACGUGGACCAGCGCCAGAAUGCGCUCUUGAAUCUUCUCUCGACCAAGCACCAGCUCGGCGCCAUGUCGGCGCAGGCCACGAUCCUCGAUGGCUACAAGCUGGCCGCCGAGAGCCUCCGUAGCGUGCGGGCGUCCUUGCAUCUCUCGACGGAGGAGGUGGCCGAGACACUGGCCGACUGGAGCGAUGUCAUGGACGAGCAACGCGACAUGGACGACCUCCUCGCUGCCCACGCAGCCGACUUUACGGUGGACGACGCAGCGCUCGAGAUGGAGCUGCUCAGUCUGGCCCCGCCGAGUCCCAUGGCUGUCGAGAUCCGAGACGAGCCCGUCAAGCAAGGGAAUUCCCUUGCCGUCGAGACGCCGGCAGCCACGCCACCUCCAGCAGCCACGCCGCCUGUGCCAAAACAACUGGAAGGGAUCUCUAAAUGAAACACUUGUAUUCUUCUGUUCA